AUGAUGCCACCCACAGUGGUGGACGCCGUCGUGGCCACGCCUCCGCUGGAGCCGACGGGCCGCCGCCCUGCGGCGCUCCCCAACGCCAACGCUGGCUGCGUCGUCGCCACCGCGCUCUCCGACGCCAAUGCCAACGCCGGUGCCGCGGCGCGCAGGACCAAGACCAAGGCCGUCGCCUCCCGCUACCUCACCCGCUCCUCCAAACCCACCUCCACCUCCAUCUCCUCCCCUGCCAAGUCGCCAGCACCGAGGGCGCCCACCUCAACCGACCGGUCGCGUCCGGUGCUCCCCAACGUUGCCACCGCCACGGACGCCGCGGUGGCGUCCGGCGGGAGAGCCACCACGACGACACGCACGCUCGCGGUGGCGUUCCAGAGCCCCGCAUACUCCUUGGAAACCAGCAGGGCGAGCUCCGCCUCCGCGUCGCCCGCCGCGGCCACGCCGGAACCGAAGAGGCCCACUGCGCGCGCCAAGGUGUCCGACGCGAGCCAGAACACGUACCGGUGGCCGCCAGCGUCGGCGCAGUGCGGGCGCGACGGCCGCGCGCUCGCCAAGACCCCGGCGUGCUCUGCUUCGACCAAGAAGGAGGCGAUUGCCGCCAUCUUCGGCGCCGUGCGGUCGACGGCGUUCCGCGGGACGCCGAGGCGCGCGUCGGUGGACUGCGCCAACGAGUACCUGCUGGCGCUGUCCUCCGACACGGACAGCGCGUCGUCCGGCUGGUCCGGGUCCGGGGAUGGCGGCGCGCCCCGACGCAGCGUCGGCUCGGGCCCGCACCCGUCGCCGAGGAGCGCCAUGAGCUCCUCCGCGCUUUUCGCGCGGGACGCCAUGGGGACCCGCUCCGAGCGCUUCGCCUACCCGGUUAUGCCGUCGCCGUCACGCGUGCCUGCCACGUCGUCUCCGGCGUCGGCGCCGGUCAAGAAGAGGUCACUGUUCACCGGCUUGCUGUCUUUGCCGUUCAGCAGGGCGUCUCCUAAGCAGCCGUCGCCGAGCAAGCCGGUGGCCAGCGCGUUCCGGAGGGCGGUCAGCUCGUCCCCGGCCCGGCGCUCCACCGAGGGCCCUGCCUCCGCCGGGAACACGCAAGUCAAGAGCUGCGGCGUGGAUGGUGACAUGAAGUGCAGGCUCCCGGCGGCGAUCAAGACCGAGAAGGAGCACCAGCUGAGACUACUCUACACCCGGGAGUUGCAGUGGCGGUUUGUGAAUGCGCAGGCUGGAGCUGCGACUUCGUCGCAGACCAUGGGUGCAGAGAAAAACUUGUGUGGCGCAUGGGUUUCUAUCCUGAGGAUGCGCAAAUCGGUCGCCAUUAGAAAGAUGCAGCUCCAGCUGCUUCGAAACAGCUGCAAACUCAUGGCAAUUCUGAGAGGACACAUGAAAUACCUUGAAGAAUGGUCCUUUUUGGAGAGGGAUCAUGCCCAUUCUUUGUCAGGAACAACACAGGCUCUGACUGCUACCGUCCUGCGCCUUCCUGUCUCCAAUGGAGCAAUGGUAGAUAUUCAAGGAAUAAGAAAUGCUCUUGGCUCUGCAGUUGACGUCAUGCAUACUAUAGGAAACUCAACAACCACCCAGCUGCCUAAGUUAGCCCGGACAAAUGUCUUGGUGUCCCAGCUCUCCAGUGUUUUCAUUCAAGAACACAUUCUGGUGGCGCAGUGCAGAGAUUUGCUGUCCACACUAUCAUCAAUGCACGUGAGGUACAGCAGCCUACAAGGGCAGAGGAUACAGCUGAACCAAACAAGGCUACAGUUUCUCCACUCUCUCUGA